GCGAUUAAUGGUGACAGCACUUCUGCCGCCUUGUCGAAUUCUCGAGGCAUUACGAGUAAUUGAAAGCUUGGUUGAAACAACAAAUGAUGAAUACAAAUCAAAGGCUAUGCGGCUGAUAGCAUAUUUCAAAGAUGAAUGGAUUGAAAAGGUGACGCCUGCAGCCUUUUCCGUGUUCGGCCAGAAGAACAGAACUAACAACUGUCAAGAAACACUGAAUAGGAACAUUAAUCGUAGCAUCACGCCUCAAGGAAACGCUUGGGGCUUUUGGGGUAAGUUGCUGGCAAUUUCGGUGAAGGAAACAAAUUCUUCACUCAGUUGA